CCUUAUCGCCAUUACAGCACAGCAAGCUCCAAAAUGUCCCUCCGCGGGGCACGGCGAUACCCCGGAUUUAGGAGCGUAAAUGCCACCACGACGGCUCGUUUUUGUGCAGGACCACCACGGAACGGAACAUGCUGGAAGGUGAGCUCAUGGAGAGCAGCCAAGAGCUAUGUAAGCCAUACACCGGCGUUAAUGGACAAAAUCUGGAAAGGAGGGGUAUAUAAGGGACAGGGAGCGUCCGAGGUAACCGGUGUCUACAUCAUAGCUUCCUUUCUUCUUUCUUCAACAUCACGCCACUCGUAACGCCAUCUGCAAUUGACUCUUUAAAUUCUGCUAUACUCGCUCUUAUCUCGUCGGCUAUACAAUUGGGAAGUUUGUAGAGAACAAGGAUACUUCAACAUGUCUAGAAACCCAUUCGGAGAACCCCUGCCGCCGCGCAGCUUGCUGGACUUCCACCGCGUGCUGUCCACCUCUGCGGGUGUGCGUGUCUCGCCGCUAUGUCUUGGAGCCAUGAACUUUGGAGAUACCUGGAAGGACAUAAUGGGCGAGUGCAACAAGGAGCAGACCUUCGAAAUGCUCGACUACUUCUACAACAACGGCGGCAACUUUAUCGACACCGCCAAUAACUACCAAGGCGAAGAAUCCGAGACUUGGAUCGGCGAAUGGAUGGCCGCGCGCAAGAACCGCGACCAAAUGGUCAUCGCAACAAAGUUCACCACCUGCUUCGUCUCCAACCGCAACCCCAAGCCGGCCACCAUGGUCAACUACGUCGGCAACAACACAAAGUCGCUGCACGUGUCCCUCGAAGCCAGCCUCAAGAAGCUGCAGACCACAUACCUCGACAUCAUCUACCUGCAUUGGUGGGACUUCACCACGGGCAUCGAGGAGCUGAUGCAGAGCCUCAACGCGCUCGUGCUGGCGGGCAAGGUGCUGUAUCUGGGCGUUAGCGACACGCCGGCGUGGAUUGUGAGCAAGGCAAAUCAAUACGCCCGAGACCACGGCUUCCGCACCUUCUCCGUGUACCAAGGCCGCUGGUCCGCCGCGGACCGCGACUUCGAGCGCGACAUCAUCCCCAUGGCGCGCGCCGAGGGCAUGGCCCUUGCCCCCUGGGGCGCGCUGGGCGGCGGGCAGUUCAAGACGGAUGCGCAGCGCGAGGCCGCCGAGGGCCGCAAGGUCAGAAAUGUCUCCGAGAAGCACAUCGCCAUCUCCAAGAAGCUGGAAGCCAUCGCCGAGAAGAAGGGCACAAUUAUUACGUCGGUCGCGCUGGCGUACGUCAUGCACAAGUACCCCUACGUGUUCCCCAUCGUCGGCGGCCGCAAGGUCGAGCACCUGAAGGGGAAUAUCGAGGCGUUGGGGCUCGAGUUGACGGAGGAGGAAAUUGAUGAUAUUGAUAGUGCGUGGCCGUUUGAUGUGGGUUUCCCGAUGACGAUGCUGUUUGAGAUGACGGGGAAGAAGUAUAAUACUCGCAUGACGUCGGCGGAUGUGGGAUUGUCGAACUUUGCGGGGCAUUACGAUGCUGUGCCGCAUGAAUCGCAUAUUAAACCCAGGAAAUUGUAGAGAGAGGAUGUGGAAUA